CGGGACCGAGACCACCAUCCCUUCUGUCUGAAUUAAAUCUAUGAUUUUUGAGUAUUUAUCGCUCUCCUCGCACUCUUCACCGGAUUUAGAUUUGGUUCUUUCCUCUCUUGUGUGAACUAUAUAUCCACCCAUUGUUUCUGUACAGUGCUUAUCUAUAGAUUUUUUGUAUAGUGCUUGAUCCUUUUUUUCUUGUAUAGUUCCUUUCUAUUCUAUUGCGGUAUCUGUGGUUCAUUUGUCUAAUUCCGGCUGAUUUGACCAUUAAGAUUUCAGUAAAUCUAUCGUCUUUGCUUUAAAUAAGCAAGCAUCAUAAGCUCUUAGCUGAUUUUUUGGGGUUUCCCAUCGAAAAGAUCGAGUCUUUACCCUGUACAUGUGUCAAUUCUAUAACUUUAUCACGACUUCGCCGUCCUUAAGAUCUGGGUCUCCGGAAAUCUCUUAAAAAGGAAAGCCCGGGGAGAUGAAGUGGAAUUAUGGGUCCUCGAAGUGUAGGAGUCGCCGGCACAGCUCGGUGGUGGCGGCGGAGGAGACAGCGGCGGUGAUGAUGAGGCGGAGCAGCUGGGCUGACAUGCCCAUAGAGCUGCUGAGAGAGGUGCUGAUGAAGGUGGAGGAGUCAGAGGGUAAGUGGCCUUUGAGGAAGAGUGUGGUGGCUUGUGCAGGAGUCUGUAGGAGCUGGAGGGAGAUCAUGAAGGAGGUUGCCCAUACCCCUGAGGUUUCUGGGAGGAUCACUUUCCCUAUUGCAGUCAAGCAGCCUGGUCCAAGAGACAAUCUGAUGCAAUGUUUUUUAAAGAGGUGCAGUUCUUCUCAGACAUUUCGCCUUUACCUCAAUUUGACUCAAGCUUUGACUGAUGAUGGGAAGUUUCUGCUCGCUGCCCGCAAGUAUAGACGGACCACAUGCUCAGACUAUAUUAUAUCUCUCCAUCCCAGUGAUAUGUCUAAGGCAAAUGGCAACUAUGUGGGAAAAGUGAGGUCAAAUUUUCUGGGAAAUAAGUUUACAAUAUAUGAUGCUUCACCGCCACUUAAGGGAGCUAAAAUGGUGAAAAGUCACAAUACUUUUCCUGAAGCCUUGAAACAACUCAACUCGAGAGUGCCAGUAGGGAACUAUGAAGUAGCUCACAUUUCAUAUGAGAUGAAUGGGCUUGGGAACAGGGGUCCGAGGAAAAUGCAGUGUGUUAUGGAUACUAUCCCGGCAUCUUCAAUUAAACCGGGAGGUGUUGCCCCUACACAGACUCAUUUUCCAAUCGGCAGCAGCGAUACUUUUCCAACAAUACCCUUUUUCAGAUCAAAAUCCACAUCAAGAGCAUCUGAGAGUUGUCCGUCAGGUGGAUCUCUAGUUCUGAAAAACAAAGCUCCCAGAUGGCACGAACAACUACAAUGCUGGUGUUUGAACUUUCAUGGACGGGUGACAGUCGCUUCAGUCAAGAACUUUCAGUUGGUAGCUUCUCCGGAGAAUGGGGCCGCGGGACCUGAAUGUGAAAAGGUCGUUCUACAGUUCGGGAAGGUAGCGAAGGACGUUUUCACCAUGGAUUUCCGUUACCCGUUAUCUGCAUUUCUUGCAUUUGCCAUCUCUCUUAGCAACUUUGACUCGAAGUUGGCUUGCGACUAAUACGUGAAUGGCAAGGUGUGGUUCUACCUACCUCCUUUUUUUAAUGUUCAUAUAACUUUGAGAAAUGUUAAGGGCCUGUUUGAUAAGGGUUAUUUGGUUGAAAUGAAAUGGCUGGAUUGUUGAAUGCUAUGAACGUAAAAGCAUUUUGUGAUAUAUAUGCCAAGAAGCAAGUCUAAGGCUACCUUUUUUAUGGUUCUGCACUUCUGCUGGUAAGCAGAAUAAGCCACGUAUUCUGCCAAAUGAGACCUAAAUGUUAUUUAUUUGGCAACUAUCUCCUACAAUUUUAGGCUUCUGUUUUUAUUUAAAGCAUGUUUGUAAGGGUUUUGCAGCUGAAAAGGAUGAAUUUACGAGAACAUUCUGAAAAGAAAAAUGUUUUGAAAAUCCCAUUUUAGCCCAUUUCAAAACCUUUUGUUCUCACUAAAAGAUCCACUAGUUGUGACUCAACCCUCUUUUGGUCCUCUGUUAAGGUUUUUGAGGUUUGAUCCUCAGCAUAUGUUUCCUUUACUGUGAAUGUGAUAAAAUUCGAAAUUUUCAAACAAAAAGUAAACAACUAAAAAUGAAAUUAGAUCAUAUUCAAACCACUGAAUAUUUAGGUGAUGGGAGACGAACUUUCCAACAAUUCCAGUCAUUUUAUUUCUUUCAGAUAAUUAAAACAGAAAAAAAAGACAUCCUGAUGGAACCUUACCAUUUCAAUGCCAUCAAAGCGACCGCGAAUCCGCGAUCAAUAAAAUUGCUAAGCGAGAGGUUUUGCACAAAUGGAGAAUGCUGGAAAUAAGAUGGCAAAGCUUGAGUGUGUGCUUCACAGUUUUACUUUGGUAAUUUGUCUAUUGUAUCCUCUAUUAAUCUUGUUUACACUAGACUAGUCAGUAUUUGAGAGAAAAAUGGAACUUUAUAAAAUAGGAUAAAUUGUCUUAGCUCAUAAAUCAUCUUGCUGUAAAUUCUUGACUAAACUUCCAUCUUUGUUCUGGCAGUGUUGGUCUCAAUCAGUGUAUCUUCUUCCUUCAUAGACAACCCUUUUUGGUGUUCAUUUUCUACUUCCACUAUAUGUCAUGUCAAUUUCCCUAUCCUGGUUUUGAAU